CUGAAGUCUCACUCAUGCCCUCUGGGCUCCACGCGCGGCGUCCACCGUGGCGGCCACUAGUUAGCGAGGCGCAGGCCUGGAAUACUGCGGUCACGGCAGAAAGUUCUGAGGGAAGGUGCAGCCCUGCGUCCUGUGAGAAGAUGUCUUAUGGAUCCAUCGCAGGCAGCGGCGGCCUGGGGAGCCGGGGCCCUUUCGGGGGGCCCUCCCAACAAGGCUAUCAGCCCCUAGAGUGCACAAAGUGUUGGACCAAGUACGGAAUCCGCCAUUUCCCCUGCCCAUCGCCAGAGAGCAGCCUGCAGGACCCCUGUGUGGGUGAGGAUGGGGACGGUGACCUGGGGCCAGCUGGCACCCCCAGAGGCCCGAGGGCCAGGAAGCGAGGGCCAGGGGUCACGCCUGAUGGCAGUGGGACACCAGAGCCCACCUCGCUGCCUGCUGGCCCACAGAAGGAGCCGGCUGCAAGGGCCCGUGGCCACGUGGCCAGCACCACCCGGGCCAAGAAGAGGAAGCCCAACUUCUGCCCGCAGGAGACGGAGGUGCUGGUAGCCAGGGUCAGCAAGCACCAUCAGCUUCUGUUUGGCACCGGGCUGCCGCGGGCCGAGCCUGCCCGCAGGUACCGUGUGUGGAGCCGCAUCCUGCAGGCAGUGAAUGCGCUGGGCUACUGCCGCCGUGACCUUGUGGACCUCAAGCACAAGUGGCGGGACCUGCGGGCCGUAGUGAGGCGCAAGCUGGGUGAGCUGCCGGGGGUGCCUCAGGCCCUGCCCCUCACGCCACUGGAGCAGGCCGUGGCCAAGACCUUCUCCUUCCAGGCCCCGCUCUCCGAGGGCCUCGGCCCCGAGAUGCGCAGAGCCACCCAGAUGGACCCAAGUGACCUCCAGGAGCUGUUCCAAGAGACGUCAGCCAACAUCUUCCAAAUCAACUCCAACGUGACCUCCUUGGAGCAGAGCCUCCGGUCCCUGGGGACGCCGGGUGACACGCAGGAGCUGCGGGACAGCCUGCACACAGUGCAGCAGGAGACCAACCGCACGAUCGCCGCCAGCACCAGCGCCCUGAAGCAGACGGCCGAGCUCCUGCGGGGCUGCCCCCGGCAGGAGCAUCUUCAGCUAGAUCGCCUGAAAACUCAGCUAUCAGAUGCUGUCCAACGCUAUGGAGUAGUGCAGAAGAAAAUUGCAGAGAAGUCCAGAGCACUGCUUCCCACGGCACAGAGGGGCGGCAAGCAGCAGAGCCCCCAGGCCGCCUUUGCUGAGCUGGCUGAUGAUGAGAAGAUCUUCAACGGGGGUGAUGGUGUGUGGUCGGGUCACGAGCAGGCGCUGCUUCCCGAGAUCACCGAGGAGGACCUGGAGGCCAUCCGGCUGCGUGAGGAGGCCAUCCUGCAGAUUGAGAGUGACCUGUUAGAUGUGAACCAGAUCAUCAAGGACUUGGCCUCCAUGGUUUCAGAGCAAGGAGAGGCCAUCGGGUCCAGCAGCGGCAAGGCCUCGUGCGGGCGCAGCUCCAGCCCUGAGCCGGCCGUGGCAGCCCUGUUGCCCAGGCCGGGCCCCCACUUGCGCACCAAGACGCGGAAGCCCAACUUCAGCCCCCAGGAGACGGAGGUGCUGGUGCAGAGGGUGACGCGCCAUUACUCGCUGCUGUUCGGGGCGCUGCGGGGCCCGCCCGCCCGCAAACACCGGGUGUGGAGCAAGAUCCUGCAGGCGGUGAAUGCACUGGGCUACUGCCGCCGGGACCUGGGCGACGUCAAGCACAAGUGGCGGGACCUGCGCGGGGUGGUGCGCAGGAAGCUGGCCGAGUGCCCCCGCACCCCCGCCAUCCUCACGCCUGUCGAGCGCAUGGUGGCCGAGACCUUCACGGCCCCAGGCACCCCUGGGGAGGGCCAUGCUGUCAAGCCCCUGCCAACUGACAAGGAGGACGAGGUCCCUGGCUGCCUGUGGCUCCCCCUGCGGACACUGGAUGGGCCGAGCCCGCCCGAAGCCGACCUCCUGGACCCUCGAGGAGCCUUCCCCGUGGCCGCCUCCUCACCCUCCCCACCCGCCUCCCCGGGCUCAGUGCCCCCGGCGGCCGCGCUUCCUGGGCCAACUCGGCCCUCGCCGCCCACCUCGGCAGGAUCCCAGCCCUCCGGGAAGGCUGCGGGGGCUGAGGCCUCGGAGCUGGAGCAGCGGCUGCUGGACGUGCAGCGGCGGCAGGGUGCCUUGCUCAGCGCCUGGUCCCAGCAGCAGAGCACGCUGAUGGCCCAGCAGAACCUGCUGCUGGAGCGGCUGGCUGAACAGAGCCACCGGCUGGCCGACGGCGUCGAAGCGCUCACCCAGACCCUGGGGAGGCUGGUGGAGGCGCUCCCGGCCCGGGGUGCCUCGCCCGCCAGCCCGGGCGGCUCCCCGGGGGGCGGGACCGUUUGCAGGCCGGCCAGAGCCUCCCAGGGCAGCCGCACUGGCCCGGAGGCCUUCUCAGGGAUGAUCCUGAAGGUGGAGGAGGAAACCUAGGAUCCGAGCCCUGCGGGCCCUCGACGGAGCUGGGGAGGACUCGGGACGUUGCCAGCAUGCCCCUUCCGUCCUGCCAUCGCCUGUGGGCCCAGCGGCCCCAGGGAGCGCAGGGACAAGGUCUGCUCAGGGACGACGUCGGGGGCAGCAGAGCCCCACCCUCCCAUCCGGCGCGUGCAUGCGGGCACAGCGCCCCCAGACCACUGCCUGGUGCGUAGACCCUGGACGUGUGCCUCAGCCGGGCACCCAGAA